AGCAAGAUUUGGCAGUUGCUUUUUGGGGGCUUUGCCAUCUUCACGUGAAUGGUUUAUUGUUUUUGCACUCCUCAGCGCUUCUAUAAGAGACCCAAGCUUUCUCUGCAUCCACACAAUCAAACCAAGUGAAGAUCAAAGGAUCGAAGCGGCAGGGAGGAGAUUAAUCCAAGGCCAUGGACUCCUCUAAGAUCUCUGCGCUUCUUAUCAUUUGCAUGCUCUUCAUCUCCUCAGCCACUCCCAUCCUUGGCUGUGGUUACUGCAGCAAGCCCCCUCCGAAGCAUAAGAAGCCCAAGGUGAAGUCUCCAAAGGGUCCCAUCACCCUCCCUCCCGUCGUUACUCCGCCGGUCACCGUCCCUCCGAUCGUAAAACCACCCAUUAAACUGCCGCCUGUUACCGUCCCUCCAAUCCUGAACCCACCCGUAACAUACCCGCCGGUGACUGGUCCUCCUGUGAAACCACCCACCGGAAAGCCUUGCCCACCACCCGCAAAGAAGCCGGAGACAUGCCCAAUUGACACACUCAAGCUCGGAGCCUGUGUGGACCUCCUGGGCGGGUUGGUGCACAUUGGUCUGGGAGACCCAGUUGUGAACCAGUGCUGCCCAUUGCUCGAGGGGCUUGUUGAGCUCGAAGCUGCAGUCUGCUUGUGCACUACUCUCAAAGUCAAGCUCCUCAACAUCAACAUCUACCUCCCACUUGCUCUUCAGCUCCUUGUUACUUGUGGGAAGACACCUCCUCCUGGUUACACCUGCACACUCUAGAUCCAAUAGGUCUUUAGAUUGAUGAUGAAUGCUUGGACGACGGAAUCGACAUGAAAGGAUGUCGAACCAACUUUUGCCUUCUUUUGCUUUUUCAUCUUCUCGUUAAUUUUUUUGUAGUUCCUUCCUCGAUUGGUACCACUGAUGUUUGCUUUUAUAGUACACAUUUGUUCUUAUGCAAUUGUUGUAUGUGUGUUUUAAUUUUGUAUCAAUGGAGAAAGCGGGAUGCUUUUAUCUUUCUAUACAAUUCCAUUUCUGAUAUUCAGAUUC